CAGCUGCAGGCCCUCCUCGGGGGCCUCUGCGAGCGCCAGCUCCGGGGCCCGGGCCAGCCGCCGCGGCGCGCGGGCCACGCGGCCGGCGGCGUGGCCGCGCACGCGGCGGAGAGCGGCAGCCAGAGGGGCAGCCAGAUCGGCAGCGACUUCUCGGGCCAGGGCCACCAGCUGUCGACGGGCUACGCCGGCUCGUCCAGCAGCCUGACGGACAGCUUCACGGGCCCCGUGGAGGCCGGCCGCGCCUGCACCGAGGCGGCAGCCCCGGAGGGCCUCUCCAGCCUGGGCGCCAGCCUGCACGGGCUGGGCCACUGCACGCCGUGCAAGUUCAUCCGCUCCCUGCGCGGCUGCCGCGACGGCUCGAUGUGCAGGCUAUGCCACGAGCCGCACGAGGAGCUCUCGAGGUCUGGGGUGCGGAAGGCCGCUCGCGCCAUAGCCCUGCAGCGCCGCGCCAUGAUCGAGAAGGCGGAGGCGGCCGCUGCCGCGGCGGUGCCCGCCCGCCCGCCCGAGGACUACGAGGAGGUGUCGGCGGCUCCCUGGUUGCGCCACAACUUCAGCUAUGCUCCUCGCCCAGGCGGAGCGCUCUCGACCAGCUCGGCGUCCACGUCUGUGCCGGGGAGCGGGGCCAGCUCCGGCCACGGCUCCGGCGAAGGGCCGCCCUUAUAUUGCCGGGUGUUCUCGCUGUGA